GAAUGCCCAUUUUUAUGCCAACUCCGAGUUGGCCAAUACGAUCUGCAAUUUCAGUCUGCAAGCGGUCAGCGAGGUGAACGGCAGCUAGCACAGCUGGUCUCUAAAAACGCAUUAAAAUCAAACACACGCUGAAAACAUUAGGAAAAAUUAACCUUAACCAGAUAAACCCAAAGCGACAACAUUAAACCUUUUUGUGGAUUAUUCAAAACAAAUUUCGACCGACUGAAAGAAGUUAGCAAACAACCAGAGAACUGAAGCCUUCAACAUGAAAAAAGCCAAAGGCUGGCUGUUAAUGACAGCAACAGUGCUGCUGCUGAGCCUGUUGGCCUCCACAGAAGCCGCCCUGCCCUUCAAGAAGGUGUCCAUUGCCAAAACUCCCGCCUCCACGAGCAGCACCACCAGCACCACGACGGAAUCCACGGCGGUCGAGGAGGAGGAGGUGGAGGAGGAGCAGCCAGUGCCCAGCGGAGAUGGCGGCGACAGUAGCAAGCCGGACAACGGCACCCUGUCGAAGAACUCCAAGCUGACGGGCAUCCCACAGAUCGACUACAUCUGGGAUCCCAAUCUGCCCAGGGAACUGAGAGGCUACAACCUGUCGACCUAUCCCUUCCUGUCCACCGUGCCGCCCAUGGAUGAGAUCCACUUCAAGUGCGAGGGUCUGCACGACGGCUUCUAUGCCUCCAUCGAGUACAAGUGUCAGAUCUACCACCACUGCGUCUAUGGCAUCAGACACGACUUUCUGUGCGCCAACUUCACGGCCUUCGACCAGCGCACCUUCAUCUGCCACUUUGCAUCGGACGUGGACUGCGAGGGAUCCCAGAAAUACUGGAACAGGAACGAUGAGCUCUAUAUGGCCACCACUACCACCUCGACGAGUACUACAACAACGCCGGCACCACCUACUCAGCCCCCGGCCCCUCGACGUCGCCCUCAAAGACCACAACGUCCGCUAAGAAGACCCUACAACCGCAGACCCAUCGACGACUACUACUACGAGGAUCAGGAUCAGUACGAGGACGAUUACUAUGAGGAGCGACCCGUGCGAAGGCCCAAGCCGAGACCACGUCAGAGGAAGCCCCAAGUGGAGCUGGACUACGAUGAUGAGUACGAGGAGAAGCGGACGGAGGCCAAGAAACCCAUCAGGCGGAACAGGAAUCGGUAUCGCGAUGAGGAGGAGACGCAGGAGGAGGACUACGACGAGCGGCCGAACAAGAGGCCAAGAGGUAAACCCAGUGCAGGACCGGCGGGUCGAAAGGUGUCGCCCAGGAAGCCAGGUCGCGUGGAGGAGCGGCGCAGCUUCAACGAAGAUCGUCCGCUGGGCAGGAGACGUGUGGAAAAGGAGAGGACAACGCCAUCGUCCGCCUUGGAUGACCUGGAUGAAUACGAGAAGCCCUACGGUGGUGCGGAUCAGGAGGAAGCCGCCGAGGAGCAGACUCCUCAGAAGGUGAAGACAACUCCGAAACCACUAACCGAAUUCAUCACUCCCAAGGCGGCGGCUGCAUCCGUUUAUGCUCGUCCCCGGGCUCCACCGAGGAUCGCACGACCAGUUCCCAUCAACGAGAAGAAGAAGUUCUCCUAUCCGGUGCAAAAGAUCACGGCCACCACACAGGCACCAUCGAACAGCGCCCAGGAGGAGGAGGAUUACCCGGAGGAGCAGGUGGAGGAGGACUACGAGCAACCUCCGGCCAGGAACACUCCUCGCAGACGAACGCCAGCCCCGCGAGUGGAGCAAAAGCCCACGAGGAACACGUUGCGGAAGCCAGUGACGGACAAGAAGCCUGCCGAUGAGGAGUACUACGAACCGGCGGACCAGGAGACAUUGCGGAAGCGCAAGCGUCCUUCGGCUCCCAGAUCUCGUGCGCCGGCAGCAGAUGUGGACUUCGAAGAUGAGGACUACGAGGAGAGUCCAGCGCCGCCCGCUUCCACAGCGGCUCCCCUGCGGAACCAGAGACUGAGGAGCAAGACAACCACACGAAAGCCAACGGUGGCACCACGUCCUCGCAAGCCAAUCGUUGAGGAGGAGGAAGAGGAGCUGGAGCAUCCAGUGGAGCAAGUAGAAGAGGAGGCACCCGCCCCCAGAACGCGAGCUAAUUCCUUAAGCGGACGCAACGCAGGAGCUGGUAUUUCCCAGCGACCCUCAUCGGUACGUGUGGUCAAGCGACCUUUUCUGCCCUCCAGGGGCGGCAGUCCAUAUCUGCCGCGGGGCCUUCAGCCGGUGGGCGUGGCCCUGAAGCCAUUGCCCACCACCGAUAGCACGCCCAUUGACAUGGGCUCCACCAUUUCGGGAGUGCGUCUGCUCGAGCACGGGGCUCCUCUGCUAAGGGGAAGUCCUGAUGACGAGGAGGAGCCUCCUCCGUCGGCCACUCCACCGAGGACCACGCUUCCACCGCGCAGUGCUCUGCCCACCACGCCAAAGCGAGUGGAGCCGCCGCAGCGUCCCAAGCUGAAUCUCGACGAGCUCUACGAGAACGACUACGAUGUGACGCUCAACGAUGCACUCGAUCCCACGCUGAAACCGCUAUCGCCCCAGCAUCAGCAUCCGCAUCCUCAUUCGCAUCAGCUUCCAUAUCAGCAGCAGCAGCAGCAGCCGCAAUCGCAGCAGCGGCAAUAUGCCAGCGCCUAUAAUCCAUUCGCCUAUCAGCCAGCGUAUCAAUCACCAACAUCCGCUUCAGCAUCAGCAUCCGCAUCCGAAUCGCAACCUGCGAGCUAUCAUAGUGAUUCAUAUUUCUCGUCGACAGAUAUACGCCGGCGGGCUGUUGUCCCGGCGCAAGCCGCGCGUCCACAUCGACUCGAAUACGCUGCUGCCGGAAGAGCAGCCGGCGGACCGUCCAGCGGAGGAGCCGUCGCCGGGUCGGGAGUGAGCCGGAGCUACCAGCAGGCGGGCGGACGGGUUGCCCAGCAUUUCUACGACGACUUUGCCUACUGAAAGGAUCGCUUGUAAUAAGUUUCUUCAGCUGUAAAUAAGUUUCCCCGAACACAAGGAGAGUUUCCCACUUCUUAAACAAAUCUGUCUCUACCUUAGUCGUUUAGCCGCAAAACCUACUCGUAAUUCAAAAAGGUUUGGGACAUAUUAGGCAAACCGAAAAACAACAUGAGCAAUAUUAACUUUUAAGACCUAAUUUUUUAGUUGAAUACCUUAGAGCUGCCGUAAUACUUGAUCCACUGAUUUUUCAGAAAGACUUUUUCUAUAAAUUCUACAAGUUCAAUUGCUUUUGCUAUUUUUGCUUUAUCAGCUCUAUAUGUCCCGAACGCCCCCUACUUAUAAAUACGUUGUAUAAUACUCAAAUGUCGUGAUAGUAGCAGCUUGCGAAUUUGUCUGCUAGCUCGUAUCUAGUAGUUUGUAAAACUCACUUCCUCCUACUCGUUUAUCUCCGCUAAAUCAGAAAUCAAAACGUAAAACAUCCAGCAGAACAGAACGAAACGGAACAGCAGCAUCGAUGUCCGCAAUGUACAUUUAGAGAGAGCGAAUACUUAAUGUGUUAAUUUAAAAUUUAAAAUUGCAAUUUGCACACAAAUUGUCUGUAAUAUUUAAGCUUUGUCGGAGAUCGUGUUCGUCAUGGAGAGCCCAGAUCCAAGACUUAAGUCGGAGUGCAUAACAAUCAAAACAAAAACUGAAAUAAAUUUAAAACCUA